GCCACUAGUAUCCACUCGGUGUUUAGUGCGUUGUGUGUUUGUUGCUUUUUCAUCGGAAGCAUGGGAUGGUGGAUUUAGGAUUGCGAUAAUCUCAAGCAACAUCCAUAAUCUACGAAUGCUCAACGCCAAACAGUGUCACAUGUGCGCAUGAUGUCGUCAACGCAUCGAUCUUCAUUUCCUUGAAUCAUUGCAGUAAGAGUCUCUCACUGAAAAGAUGCCUCAAAUCAGUGUGACGCCGUUGGGUGCCGGUCAGGAUGUGGGCAGAAGCUGUAUUCUGCUCACAAUUGGAGGCAAGAACAUCAUGCUCGACUGCGGCAUGCAUAUGGGCUACAACGACGAAAGACGCUUUCCCGAUUUUUCCUACAUCACGCAAGACGGCGGACCUCUAAACGAACAUCUGGACUGCGUCAUUAUCAGCCACUUUCAUUUGGACCAUUGCGGGGCCCUUCCAUUCAUGACCGAAAUGAUCGGUUACGCCGGUCCUAUCUACAUGACGCAUCCUACUAAGGCCAUCUGCCCGAUUUUGCUCGAAGACUUUCGAAAAAUCGCCGUCGAGCGCAAAGGGGAGACCAACUUUUUCACUUCGCAGAUGAUCAAGGACUGCAUGAAGAAAGUGGUUGCCGUCAAUCUUCAUCAGAGCGUUCAGGUGGACGACGAACUGGAGAUUAAAGCGUAUUACGCCGGUCAUGUCCUCGGCGCGGCCAUGUUUCACGUGAAGGUUGGCUCCCAGUCUGUGGUGUACACGGGUGACUACAACAUGACCCCCGACCGCCACCUGGGCGCUGCCUGGAUCGAUAAGUGUCGACCGGACCUCCUCAUCACCGAGUCCACCUACGCGACCACCAUCCGUGACUCGAAACGUUGCCGCGAGAGAGACUUCCUCAUGAAGGUGCACGACUGCAUCGACAAAGGCGGUAAAGUGCUCAUCCCGGUGUUUGCCCUGGGUCGCGCCCAGGAACUCUGCAUCCUCCUCGAGACCUAUUGGGACCGCAUGAACCUCAAGGUGCCCAUCUACUUCGCUGUGGGGCUGACGGAGAAGGCCACAAACUACUACAAGAUGUUCAUAACGUGGACGAAUCAGAAGAUCCGCAAGACAUUCGUUCAGCGCAACAUGUUUGAUUUUAAGCACAUCAAACCGUUUGACCGUGCCUACAUGGACAACCCGGGUCCCAUGGUGGUGUUUGCGACUCCAGGCAUGUUACACGCGGGCUUGUCGCUGCAGAUUUUUAAGAAGUGGGCGCCGGUCGAGGCCAACAUGGUUAUUAUGCCAGGGUACUGUGUGGCUGGCACAGUUGGACAUAAGAUCCUAGGAGGAGCCAAGAAAGUGGAGCUGGAAAAUCGGCAAGUCAUUCAAGUGAACAUGUCCGUGCAGUACAUGUCAUUCAGCGCGCACGCCGAUGCCAAGGGCAUCAUGCAGCUGAUCCACCAGUGCCAGCCGGCCAACGUCCUGCUCGUUCACGGAGAAGCCAGGAAGAUGGAGUUCCUACGCAAGAAAGUGCUCCAGGAGUUCGGCAUCGAGUGCUACAUGCCCGCCAACGGAGAGACCGUCAAGAUGGAGACACCCGACACCAUCCCCAUGGACGUUUCGCUUCCGUUGCUGAAACGUACCCUGCAGGGAAGCUCAGACUCCAAGAGGGCCAAACUCAUCCACGGCGCCCUGGUGAUGCAGGACAAUGGCCUGCGGUUGCUGGACCCUGCGCAGGCCAUGCAGGAGCUUGGGCUGGUGAGUCACGAGAUGCGGUUCACCACUUCCGUGAAUGUAACGGCCAGAGGUCCGGUGGCCAGGACGUUGGACGCCAUCUACGCGGCCCUGAAGGCCAAUAUAAAGGACGAGACCAUCCAGUUGCUGUCGGACGGAGCCAUCUCGAUCCUGUCGGCCCUCAUCAAGGUGGACGGGUCGGAGGAGUCCAACAAGGUAGUCUGCGUAUCGUGGGCCCACGAGGAUGAACAGCUGGGAUGUUACUUGUUGAAGUUGCUGCAGGACAUCAGGCAUACCCUGUGAGGAAACUGCUAAGGAACUUUUUUUUUUAUGCAGAGUGAACACUUCCUCGGGUGUGAAGUGAUUGUGGUAACGGAACAGCAGAAGUGGGUUCUGGUAGAGCCAAGUUCACGUGCAAGGACAUUGGCAGGUCCAUAGUUGAACCUCACUGUGUUGGCGUCUGAAGGAUGUUGAUGGAAUGUGUGUAAUUCAGGGAAAGAAGCUAUGUUUGAUGUGUGGUUAGUUGAAGCCACACGCUGGGGGAGCUCUUGCACCUAUGGUUGCUGAUGUCUUUGAUGUAGUGUGAUUGUAAAUGACAAUUAGUUAUAGACAACCAUUUUUUUUCCUUUGUAUUAAAUCAUUACACCACAUUGUUGUAACUGCACCACACAGUAACGAUGACUGUGGUGUCAAAAUUUUGGCACAUUCAUGUCUUCUUUUUUUUUUUUUUUUUGUAAAUAAAACAAGAGAGAGUUCAAAGCUU